UUUUUUAAAAGCUUUGCGCUUGUUUUAUUGCCGCUUUAGUGUCACAUCAGACCCGUUAUCUGUAAAUUCAUGUAAUUUCAGGACUUUACAUACUUCAUCUGGUCGAUUAGGUCUCUGUCGUCGUUUGGGGCGUCGAUUUAAGUGACUCGAAUCGUGCCUCGAAAUCACGACUUAUUUCCACUUCGGCUUCAGAGAAAUGGACUCCGACGUGAAAACAGCUGCUUUUGACUCACAGGGUUACAGUCCAACAUGUAAAAGGAAAAGGACGGUGGAAGAUUUCAACAAGUUCUGCACAUUCGUCCUGGCCUACGCUGGUUAUAUUCCAUAUCCUCAGGAGGAGACGCCGCUCAGGAGCAGCUCGAGUCCUCCCAACAGCACGGGUAGCACGGCAGACAGCGACGGCCUUCCUUCUCCCGAUCAGCCUCCGCGCAAAAGCCGCAAGAGCUUCGGUGGCUUCAAGAGGCCCACGAACGACAAGCCCGAGUUCCACAAGCGGCCCAAAUCUACAGGCUUCCUCCUGGAGGAACGCAAGAAAACCGACAAAAUGAAGAAGAAGAAAAAGAAGCCGACAGACAUAAUCAAGUCAGAAGGUUCCGGGUCUUUUGCGCCGCUUCCCUCUGGCAGAGCCGAGAUUUCAGCUUUCGGUCAGACCAUCAAGGAGGAGCCGGAGGAUUACAUCAGCAUCUCUACACCGCCUCCAUACACGGAGCGCUCCUCUCACCCCGGCACCAGCUCUCCGCUCAGGUCAGACUCUCAUGGCACCGUAGGCUGCAAGAAGGAGCCUGAGGCCGAGCGAGCGUGCUGGGAUUCGUCACCCAGCUCGGGAACAGUGUCCAGAGGCGAGAGCAGGGAGAGGCUGGCGCUGCCCGAUGGAGAAGCCAUGGUCAUGAAGAUGGAGGGAUUGCCUGGUACUAGAACGGUGAUACGUCAGGGAAAGCAGGUGGUGUUUCGCGAUGAAGAUGGAUCCGCAGACGACGAGGACAUCAUGGUCGAUUCAGACGACGACUCGUGGGACCUGGUGACGUGUUUCUGUAUGAAGCCCUUCGCCGGCAGAGCGAUGAUCGAAUGCAACCAGUGCAACACCUGGAUCCACCUGUCCUGCGCCAAAAUCCGCAAGUCCAACGUCCCAGAGACGUACACCUGCCAGCAGUGCAAAGACUCCAAAUUUGACAUUCGGCGCUCGAACCGCUCACGCAUGGGCUCUCGAAAGCACCUUCUAGACUGACGUCGCUCGCGCCCCUCCCCGAGUGUGAACUCUGAUCGAGACAGGAGACGAGGACGUAAGAGGAAGUGCUCGGACUGCGUUAUCAAACUUUCACCCUCUUUUAUAUAUCGUCCACCUACCAUUUUUGUUCUCGUUUUUUUUUUUUUAAUUUAUUUAUUUUUUUUAUCUGUCUUUUUUUUUUUUUUUUUUUUUUGCGUAAGGCAAUCAGAACCUUAGAUGACGCAUUAAAGAGAAAAGGUUCUAUAGAUGUUUCCAAACGAAUGCCGUGUUCCCGAAGACUUUUAUGAGACACUGACACAGGAACAGGAGCGGGGACGAUGGAUUGCACUUUUUCCCUUUUUUUUUUUUUUAAAACCCCCUUUUUUUAAAAAAAAAGAAAAAAGGGAGCAUUUGUAUUCAUAUCUUUGAACAGUAUGUAUGUAUUCGUUUGUUCGGUGUGUUGAGUUUAACUUGUUAUCUCCUUGUGGAACUUUCUGGAAUCCAAAAAUGUCUAAGGAGCGAAGAGGCACUAUAGUGUUUUAUAGUGAAAAUAUGUGGUACAGAAUCUGUCCUCAUGAGCGAGUGAAUGAAUGAAUAAUAUGAGAAAUCCCUCUUCUCUUUUUCCUCAAAACUCACAGACGUCCUCUUUAACAAAUCCGGUUCUGUUCUCCGCUUUAUUAACUGCCACACCGUGCAUUUCCACCUCUGUGUUUUAGUUCAUUGUGGCCUUUGACCCGAGUGAUACGAGACAUUUGGUCAUACGUGUAUUGCCCAGAAGCAAAAACAAAAGGACUUUAUAUUUUAUUCACGUUACACACUUUGCUUGUGAUGUACACAACAGACUUGAAGUGGACUCGUAUCCACCACUAUUUCCCAGAAUCUAAGUAGCAGAGGGUUUUUUUUUGACUUGACUCACAUCAGCGCAUCAUCUCCUGAUCACUAAACACCAGUCUUUAUGGUCAGUGUCGGUUUCAACGGACGUUUUGAUUUUUUUUAGACAUGGCGGCAUUUUAACUCGCCAGAAAUCAGACGCUACUAGCUAGUCAUUUCCACUUUCCUGUAGUGAGACGUUUUUAUUGCACUAUGCCCUUCUUGCUGUGGCAUUUUUAUGAAUAGUUUUUGCGUUAAAUGCCACGUGUGACGUUCUAGCAUCACAAAGACGACCUACGUAGAUUACCCUCACCAAACCCGUUUACAGCUAGAGUUCACCGCGCUAACGAUGCUUUCAUUGCUAACCACUUUAGCGCGGCGGUAUAACGUUCAAUGUCCUGCUCAGUUUUGGGUUUUUGAAUUAGUUUUUUUUUUUUAAAAAGGGGAGGAGCCAAUCCCCUUCAGAUGUUUUAUAUUACUAUGCUAUUAUUUAUUUCCCACUUAUUUCCACAGUCUUUGUAUUCCGUUGCGUUCCGAUUUCACUCUUGUUACAAAAUGAUGGGAACGACAUAACGGUUAAAAGGUGUGAACCCAAUCAGUGACGAAUGACAGUAUUUACGAUAUUAACGAUGAGCACAAUACGACGUUCACACGUCACAGGGAAAUUCUUAAAGCAGUCCUAGAGACGGCGCAGCUGAUUUUAGAAGCGCAUCGUUACGGACCUUUUAAAAGCUCAUCCUCCGUUCUAUAUGACCGUAGAAUAAUAACCACUUUUAUACGCUCCCAUUUCCACGUGUUUUCAGUACGUGUACGAACAUCGACACGCCCCCACAGCGAUCCAUCGUCUGUUUUAAAACGUUCCUACGACGUCUUCGGACGUCUCCUUUAUCUCCGUGUUCACUAAUUAUUUAUUUGGAUAGUUUAGUUUUCUGUCGCUAAACAUUUCAUCUGUCCUGUUUCUCUGAGCUCGAGAGUUCAAAGUGGUUUUUAUUUCCUCUUUUGAUUCGUUUUGUACAACCUGUGCGUUCUGUUUGUAUAUAAUGUCAGCGGUAGCUCACGGAUGUCUUCACGUUUAGUUGGACUGGGAAUUUGGGGAAUUGUUGUUAGAGAUCUGGCAGCUCUAGGCUCGGAGACGGGAGCGCCGGGCCAGAGAGAGAGUGACAGAGAGAGAGAGAGAACGAAUGUUUCUGUGAAACUGAUGUAAAUAAAGAGCUAAUGAGAAUUUAAUGGUGA